UUUUUCACCAGCCGGACUCCACCCAUUUUCUUAACCAAAUUAUAUAAUUCAUCUGCUUUUACAAUAAACAAUUUGUUUGGGUAAAAUCACCACAAUAUUUUUUUCCUUUUUCUUUUUCCCCCUUCCUUCUUUUACUUAAUCCGGAUAAUCUGAGAAACUUAAAACCCCCAUAACCCACUUUCCAUUUUUCUCGAGCUUUUCUUCUCCAUCUGUAUUCUCUCUUUUUAUUCCUGAAAUUAGAGGUGUUUUGCUAUUUUUAAUGUCCUCACCAAUAAAGCUCUGUAUCUGUUUUACUCAGCCCUCUUUAUUAGUAGUAUGAACAAAAUGAAUAGUCUUCUGUCCUGUUUAAAAGUUAAAAAUCUUGCUUUUUUUCUCUCUUCUAUCUGCACUUAAAAUCUCCCCAAGCUUCAAAAAUCAACCCUUUCUUCUGUUUUCUUUUCUUCUUAAAAUCUUCCCCGAGUUUCAAAAAUCAGCUCUCUUGUUGAAUUUAUCUCUCAAGGGUUUUGGGUUUUGUGUUGGUUUGUUUUUUAUUUCCAUAUAAUAAUCUUUUGUCUAGUUUUUCUUUUCUGGGUUUUUGUGUCUUGGUCUUCUGAGGUCUGUUUUUCCUUUUCCCAUAAUUCUUUGUUUUAUUUUGAUUUUGAUUUUGAUUUUUUUUUUUUUUGGUUUUUUUUUUUGGGGGGUAUUUCCCCCCCCCCCCCCCCCCCCCCCCAAAAAAAAAAAUUCCCUUUUGUUCUGGAAGUUUUAAUCUUGGAGACUUCAGGUGUUUGGGUUCUGGGAAAGUGAUGGGUUUUUGGUGAGAAAAUCACUAAGAAAACAUCUUUUGAGUGUUUUAGGAAAUGGAAGGAAAGGAAGGUAUUACCAUUAGUGGGGUUACAGUGGUGGGAUCAGAUGCUCCGUCGGACUACCACGUGGCCCCUAGGACCGAAAACCCAACUCAGGCCAUUGGGUCAACUCAGCCUGCGGCCACCCAACUCGGCGUCUCGCCGCUGCCCGCGGCGGCGUCUCAACCCAUGAAGAAGAAGAGGGGUAGGCCGAGGAAGUACGGACCAGAUGGGUCAGUGACCAUGGCUCUGUCGCCGAAGCCGAUUUCGUCCUCCGCUCCGCCGCCGGUGAUCGAUUUCUCCGCCGUACACAAGCGGGGGAAGUUCCGGCCGGCGGGGACGGGGAGCAAACACCAGCAGCACAAGGUGGAGGCAGAGAACAAUAUAGGUGAGUGGGUAUCGUGCUCUGUUGGUGCUAAUUUCACACCCCAUCUAAUCACCGUCAAUGCUGGAGAGGAUGUUACGAUGAAGGUCAUAUCAUUUUCUCAACAAGGGCCUAGGGCAAUUUGCAUUCUUUCUGCAAACGGUGUAAUUUCAAGUGUAACGCUUCGGCAGGCUGAUUCUUCUGGGGGUACAUUGACAUAUGAGGGUCGGUUUGAGAUACUCUCCUUGACUGGGUCGUUUAUGCCAACAGAGACCGGAGGAAUGAGGAACAGAACUGGAGGCAUGAGCGUUUCUUUAGCAAGCCCAGAUGGACGAGUUGUUGGUGGUGGAGUCGCCGGUUUGUUGGUAGCCGCUAGUCCUGUGCAGAUUGUCGUUGGAAGUUUUCUGGCCGGGAACCAGCAUGAACAGAAGUCCAAGAAACAGAAAACAGAAUUUGCAACAACUGCCUCACCAACUGCCGCCAUCCCCAUUUCUAGCGCAGAGAUGGAAGAGACAUAUGGUGGACCACCAACUUCAGCUACCCAGAAAACAAAUUUCUCCUCUUCUUUCCGUGGAGAUAACUGGUCGUCAUUGCCUCCAGAAUCUAGGAAUAAGCCAACUGAUAUCAACGUAACUCUUCCCGGGUAGAUGUCCAGAGCAAGCCUCCACGGAUUAUGCAGAUUGAGGUUUGUUACUGACCGGUGAACAAAUUGGCUAUGAAACCCUAAUUGACAGUCUCUCUCUUCACCUUGUUUGUUUGUCUGUAAAACUGGUUAUUCUGAGUACGAACCGGCACGUUGAGUUCCGACAGGGUUUGUGUUCUUCCUUUGUUUUGCAGUUUAAUUAGUUAGAGCAUUAGAUAGAUGCUUCUUCUGCCAUUGUUGUCCUUUAGAAUAAUCCUAUUGUAUUGUUAUCCAUGGAGGUACCUUUCAUAAUGCAAUCCACUUCGAACA